GACGUGCCUCAUUCAACUCCUGCUGCACAGGUAGUGAGGGAGGGAAGAAGAGUGUGAGAGGGAGAACAGGAGAGGUAAAGGAGACCGUUAGAGAGAGACAGAGGAAGGGUGGUGGAAAGAUAGAGUCAGUUCACUUUGAUUUUUUUUUUCUAAGAGAAGAAGAAGCAGUCAGGGUGUGAAGGAGUGGGGCAGGAGAGAGAAGACAAGUUUUCAGGUGUGGGACUACCCAGCAGUGGGAGGUUCCUCCAGGGAGGUUAUAGUGAUCUUCGGCAGCGACCCCUCCUCUCCACUGGGAGUCAGACCCCCAGGAUCCAGAGCCAUGGAGCCCUCCGUGUCGACCGAGGUCGAGGGGGAGCCCAAGGAGAGGAAGAAGAUCCAAUUUGCUGUGCCGGCCUCUGCGCCCACCAACCUGGACCCCCGGCAAGUGGAGAUGAUCCGGCGCCGGAGGCCCACACCCGCCACGCUGUUCAGAGUAGCCGACCAAUCUUCUCCUGAGGAUGAUCAGUCCACCCAUCAGGUAAAGUGGGUCGUAGGAGAGAACGGAGUGCUCAAACCAAAACGAGUAAAUCCAAACGUAUAUCAGCCUCCAUCACUCAAAGCUGUGCAGAAGAUGGCUGAAGCACAUAUGCAGAACCUAGGUGUCUAUCCUCCUCUGGAAGACCCUUGUGAAGGGGAGGAGGAUGAGGACCACUGGCAGGGAGAGGAGGGAGAGGACACAUCUCCCACCAAAGCUGCUGAUCACCAAGAGACAGCGACCACUGAGCAGUCAGACAAGUUUUCCAGCGUGAGAGAGACGGCCAAGCAGAUCCAAGCAGCACAAGAGGAAGUGGAGGAGGAAGAGGAGGAGGAGGAGGAGGAGGAGGGGGACAAAAGUGAGGCAACAACAGAGGAGAACAGUCGAGGGAGUAACUGAGAGAAAGAGAGAGUGGGGGCAAACGUUCGGAGGGAAGAUUUGGGGAGAGUGAAGGUGUUUGUUUUUGGUUAAAAUCUGAAGAACUCGGAAAAAUGAUGAGAUGAUUGUAUUGUGAAUGUUUGAAUUUGUGGAGUCUGAAUGCAGAAGGGAGGAAGAGAGAUGGGUCGACUGAAUGAUAGAUACUUCAGCAUGUGAGCAAGCAACGAUUUCUGUUCUACUUCACCUCUAAAGGGUCAGAUGGAUUAAAGAGGGGACAGAGAGGGAGCUUGUGUAUUAGGAGCCCCAAUGAGCAGGUGAGGAAUGAUCUACUGACAGUGCAGACUACAGACGCCACUUUGGCCCAAUGUCCCUUUGUUUAUAAUGAGAGUUGAGGAGCCAAGGUCAGCAUGGCCAAAUGUCGUGUAAGACCACUCCUCUCUCUUCCUUAAUGCUUCUGCACAGAGCUCAGUGUUCCUGAGCUCUGUAAUAACAACCACAAUGUACACACAGACAGUAUAAACUGUCCUGGGCACAGCUUUAACAAAGACAGUCUUUAAAUGUGUGUAGUACAUGUGCCACUUUAUUUUGAAACCACCGCCUCCAUCAUGGUUCUGAUUUGCACCUUGUUCAUCAGUCAACCCUUUGAUUAAAUGUGCAUAUGCUGCCAUCAUGUGGUAGAAAGUAGGAACGACAGAUUUAAAGUGAUACUC